CUCACCCCAGCGGCUUUGAAGUGAAGGGUGGCAGUGGGAGGACGUGGUAUUGAAGGUUGUCUAAGACAGAUGCGCAUUCGCUAGGGCACCUGAAAUGGCUGCGGGCCAACUAAAGUCGGGGCGCAUCGGCCUUUCCCCCCUCGAAUUCCUCAGCUCCACCACUCCCGCCCCAUCCAAUCACAAGCCAAUUAUACAUCGUCGACUCCUCCCAUUGUGACCUCUCCUCCAGAAAUAAUGCUCCCACUCACACCCUCUCGACAACACAUCCUCUGCUGCAAGGCACUACUUCCCGAUCGUCCAUCGUGGGGUUCAUCUAUGUUUUUAUAUAAGAAGUUAUCAAGAUGGAAACCAUGAUCCAGAUCCCAUCGCCCUCUGCCUUCUUGAAUUCUCCAGUCUUGAAGCCUGCCCCGGAGCCACCACCCCCUCCAAAGCGCAAACCAGCCCCAACCACAAAGACGGCGGCACCGCCCAAGAAGCCCACGGGAAUAGUGAAGCCCAAACAAUCCAAGAGUCGCAAUGGUUGUAUAACGUGUAAAGCGAAACGAUUGAAAUGCGACGAGACGAAACCGACCUGUCAGCAAUGUCACAAGAGGAGUGUAACAUGCGGAGGAUACAAGAAAGAUUUCAAGUGGAGGCCCUUCGAGGAAACGACCUUUGUGAAUAAGACUGCCCCACCUAAGCCGAAGGGGAGAAAUUCUAUACCGCAGAACAAAGUUCAAGAUGUUACAACGGGAGCAAGUCCUUCUGAUGCGUCGUCUUCCUCGACGCCCGCAGAAGCCGAACAAGAUAUACCGAUGCAAGACUCAUUCUUCCAUGCUGCGGCACCCACGCCUCCGCCGCCUUCUUUUACACCACCGAAUGGCUUUCAGGAUAUGCAGUUCGAUCAUCCUCCUAUGUUCGAUAUGAGUACGCCACCAUACAUGCGAGAAUUACCUCGACCUCGAUUCGAAGCAGAUACGGUAACGAGGAGCUUGAGUAGCUUAUUUGAUGAUAAUUCCAAUGUGCCGCCCAAUACUGGAAGGCCGAGUUUCUCUGGACAAUCGCCAAGAUUAAUCGAUUUGCUAUUGCCAGGGUCAGAACUCAAUGCAAGGCCCGGAUCUGUCACUGUUCCUCCGCUGGUGCUGCCAACACAAGCAAUGGAGCUUUCACCAAUGAUGGAUAACCAAUUCCUACCUCCCAUCGAGAUGCAACAGGAGAAUUCGUUGGAAGAUGAUAUUGAGGAGAUCAUAAGGGAACCGCAGAUGCCAGACAGUGAUAUGUGGAUGUCACUCAGAGGGCCACUGCUCGUAUCAAGAUCACCUACGGCUUCACCAACUACCAUCAUCCGAGAUGAUCCUUUCAACAAGAUUUAUCGACAACCAGAGGUUCAGGCUGGAAGUCCAGAAAUGUUGAUGCUUCGAUUUGAUAAACAGACUUGUGGGAUUCUAUCGGUGAAAGAUGGGCCCACGGAGAACCCUUGGAGGACGUUAGUCUGGCCCCUUGCAAGAGAUUCUCCUGCCCUGUAUCACGCCAUUGCUUCCAUGACGGCGUUCCAUACCUCGAAAGAGAAGCCAGCUUUGAGAGUAGAUGGUAUGGAACAUAUGAGGAGGAGUAUUCGUUCACUUGCUACCGGUAUCGAGAAAAUGCGAACAGACACUGCGCUAGCAACAACACUGGUUCUAGCAUUCUCCGAAUCAUGGGAUCAGCAUAUCUCUACUGGAAUCGAACAUCUGAGAGGAGCAAGGAUCUUGGUAAACCAAGCGCUGGUCUCGCACAAGAAACAGAACCUGAUUGGAGACGAUCUCACGCGAUUGAAGUUUCUGUGCAAUACCUGGGUGUAUAUGGACGUUAUCGCGCGACUUACUUCUGUGGACGACGACGAUACUGUGGAUUUCGAAAAGGUGCUUGCGCCUCUGAAUAUGACCUCCGCAAAUGGACCAGCAGAGAUCGACCCUCUUAUGGGCUGCGCUUCUGAUCUAUUUCCCAUUAUUGGACGAGUUGCAAAUCUCUGUCGCAAGGUUCGGAAAGUGGAAACCAAUUCGAUUGCGAUUAUCAGUCAGGCAAUCGAGUUGAAAGAAGCUAUUGUUCAAUGGUCACCUCCUCCUUUACCCAGUAUUGAAAGGCCUGAAGAUCCAACUUCUGAGAUUCAGCACGCUUUGCAAACAGCAGAAGCAUAUCGCUAUGCUACACUUCUCUACCUCCAUCAAGCAGUACCAGAAAUCCCAUCCUGGACAUCUGCACAGCUUGCCAAGAAGGUUCUAGUCUAUCUCGCUACAGUCCCGCUUUCAUCUCGUCUUGUCAUCGUACAGAUUUACCCUUUACUUGCAGCUGGAUGUGAAGCCUACGAGAAAGAAGACAGACAGUGGCUCGAGCAACGGUGGCACAACAUGGCGAGCAGGAUGUGGAUCGGUAAUAUUGAUCGUUGCUGGGAAGUCAUGCAAGAAGUCUGGGCACGACGCGACGCAGCCGAAGCAGCUAAACUCGCAGCAGAGAAAGGCAAGCAAAGAAGUGGUGCUGCGUCCGCGAUGAUGCAUUCUGAGAGCUCGAAGCGGAAAUUCGAAGAGGAAUUGGCUAUGGAAGAUAUGUUUUCAUUCUCCGAUAUGUUAACAGGAGUUGUGUCACCAAAGCGACAGCGAAGUAGCUUUUCGGGAACGUUCUCGCCAACGCAGAGCCAGAGUAUGGAGAGGCGGAGGGUUCAUGAACCUGUUGAGGAGGAAAUGGAUCCCGAGUUAACGGUCAGAGGGAAACUACAUUGGGUGGGAGUGAUGCAAGAUUGGGAAUGGGAAAUCCUCCUUGGCUAAACCGAUACCCAUUGAUACGAUAUGAAAUUCCCUAUCUAUCGACCAACCAACCCAUUCCUCCCCAACCACCCUCUGACCCCAUCCUCUCCACUCGAAACUCUUCUCGGGCUGAAAGCCCCCGCCCCU